CAGAAACCAGAAAACUGUAGUAGACACAUAAAAUUUCCCAGCACAAGACUGAUUUUCACUGACAAUGAAACAGAGUAAGAGACAAGACAAAACAGGAAGAAUGGUAAACACCAUCUACAAAUGGAGCAAGACUGACUGCCUAAGCAAACCAGGGAAAUUAAAGACAUGAGACUUCAAAGCCGACUCCAGCUAGCGAGGGGUCAGAUGAGUUGUCUUUCUGUUCAGGUUUUGUGAGCUAUUUAAAACUACAGACGUAUCUGAAUUUGUACACAAAGUAACAACUUUGGUAAAGUUUUGAACUUGAUGAACUUUGUUUUCUUCUGUUUCAGGUGGGUCUUUAAAAAAGUGGAAAUCCGUGUUGUGACUUGCAGCAUGGACAAAAACUGUGACUAUUCAAAUGUUCUUAACAUCUAAACAGAUGGCAGGUAUUGGCAGGUAUUUUACUUUAAAAAGAUUCUCAAGUAAAAGCACUGUUAAAAGCUUAAGAGCAUGAAUGCAUCUUUUAUAAUGCAUAACUGUUUUUUUGUUUUUCUUUAACAGAUUAAAUCAAAUGUCUUAAAAGCUCUGCUGUGUUUCAUAUUGGUGGUUUCUACUAAAACACAAGGGAAAUUAGAUUUAUAGUUAAUAAAAAUGGUUCUUUUCCAGUUGGAAUUAUUUUAUUUCAUUAUCACGUUGGUCUUGAGAAGGUGCUCGAAAUCUGGAUUCCCAAAGCAAGAAAAACAACAAAAUUACAUUCUGUCUCAUGUGAAGCAAGUUGCAUCACAGAAAAUGUAAAAGUUUUAUAACUUGAAGCUUGUUGUUUUGGUUUCAGUGAACAGGAAAAUAACCAUUUACACUUCCACGAUUCCAUGUCUCACAGGUAUAUUUUUUGGUGCACCUAUACAUACUGUGGUUAGAUUUGCAUAGACCCAUAUCACUCAGUUGAAAAAAAAAGAAAGAUGUUGUGAGCUUUUGGUUAACCAAGAGAUUACCAUAUGGGUGAUUUUGAUCCAACUUCUCAUGAAAGAAUAUAACCAAACCUCAGAAUAUUCUACCAGUGAUAUUUCUUUUCUUUUUUUCUUUUUGUUGCUGAAAGUAAGAUGUUGAAAGCUUGGUCUAUGUGGUUUAUGCAUUUGGCGAUGCAGUUUGAGGAUACAGUGAUGUUCUUGUAUCAAGGAAAAUACAUAUUACAUAUUUGUUUUUCUCAGUAAAUAUACUUCUAAUCAGGCUGGAUCUGAAAUGUCCAUAAGAUGUUGGUAACAACCAAACAAUUCUAUGCAGAAAUUAAAAAUCUAAGCAUUAUAUAGAAACAUACGUUUCUAUAUAAUGUCCACAGUAUUGUUUUUUGGGCAUAUUCUCAAAUGAAGACUGAAAUGCUAAGCCACAAUAAAUUAGUCCACAAAUUAAGGUAUGCAUAAAAAUAGAAUUACAAAUGAAAUAAGAAUUGAACACACUUGCUGAAUUUGAAUAUUAAGUAAAGUCUUUGUUGUUAAUGGUAGAUUCAGAGUAGAUGUAAUCUUGACAGAUUCCUUCAUAAAAAAUUGUUAAAUUGUGUUUAACCUUUUAUACAUGUACAUGUCAUGUAUGGAAGCAUGGCAUACAAAUAAAUAAUGAGUUUAUCAGGUAACAAAUCAGCAGCAAUACUGUUAGCUGUCCCUUUUUAACUUUGCUUAGCUCUUUUUGUCAAUGCAUCACAACAGAAGAUCAGAGAGCUGUGCUAAACAUAUUUGAACAAAUCAAUUGGUGCUUCCUGUCAGAUGUUGCUUUGCAGUCUGCAGGUAAAGAUGAACUGAUAACAGUGUUCAAGCUGUGGCUGCACAGCUAAGAUGUCAUCUUUUGUAGCAUUAUCCAGACUGAUCCUGAUGUAAAGACUUACAAGAUGCUUUUUGACAGGGUAAAUAAAUAUAAAGAAAAUCUAGCAUUGAACCAUUGCUCCUCAAACAGGAAAAUAGCUUUUAGCUAAGCUUUGUUAGCUACUGGAAGGCAUGAAAGUCAGCACCUGGAAUACCGAGAAGCUAACAAUUAGCACCCUGAAUUUCAAUUGCUUAAGUUAACAGAAAACGCUCAAAGAAAGUGUAGGUAAACUUUAAUUUUUAGCAGUGGCUGUGAAAAUGCCUCUAAUUAACAAAACAGCAGAGAUUUACUAAAACAUAUUACAAAAGUCUUGCAGACGGCCUUCGUUCAAGAUGUCUCGUGGCCAUCAAGACCGCUUAUGUUCAUCAUGUCAAGAUCAUCAUUAAUAAGAGGUGUGUUAAAACACUAAUAAAAUGUGCCGUUCUUUCACAGCACAAUAAAAAAUUUGAAUUCUGAGUUUAUUCAUUUAAAAGCAUUACUGGACUGUAACUCAGCAUCAGCUGAUGUCUAUUCUCCAAUUACCGGUACAUGGAUUGGUAUUUAAAAAAAAAAAAAAUAUCGUGAUCAGGACACUCUUGACAUGUCAACGCGAAAAGCAGGUCCAAUAGUGGAAAAGCAGAAGAAAAAAAAGAUGGUCAAGAUAGUUCAGACAGGGUGUAAAGACAGAAAGUCUGUGGGGAAAAAAUGUUUUGGAUUUGUAAAUAAUCAUCUAAAAGUCAGAAAUAAGCAACAUCAAAACUAAGUAGAACAAAGCAUUAAAAUCUGGACAAGAGGCAAAUCAAUGUGACUAAAUGUGACAAAUCCUCAAGACAAUUAACAUAUUUACAUCAGACUGACAAAAGUUCAAAGAUCACGAAGUACUACACAGUUACAAACUUGUUAACGUAUUCUGAAAGGGGAUGUGGUGUAAAGAUUGCCUCAGAUAUGCAAACAUUAGGCACAAACUUUUGCAUAAAGGCAGCAACUUCACCUUCCAACAACCUAAGGCUUUAUUGGCUGACAUCAUGAAGAGUCUGGGUUAUUUCCUGCUGCUCAACAUUCUGUCAUGUCUCGCACAAACUGUCCUUGGGAAUGAUAUUAUACAUGGGGAAAAGGUCCAAGAUGACUCGAUGCAGUACAUGGUCUCAGUGCAAACCAAUGUAGGUCACGUAUGUGGAGGAUUUCUGAUCAAUGAGGAAUAUGUGGUCACUGCAGCACACUGUGGUGGAAAUGAACUGAAAUACGUUCUUCUGGGAGACCACAACCUCAAGAGUUCAAACAUAAAGAAAGUGGGAGUUAAUUCCACAUGCAAACCCCGUGAUUAUGUGACCCUACAACAUGGCAAAGACAUCAUGCUUCUUCAACUGUCUGAGAAAGUUCUUCUAAACAAUGAUGUGAAAACAAUUCCCCUUCCUUUGUCUAAAAUAACCUUAAGAGAUAAUCAAGAAUGCUCUGUGGCUGGAUGGGGUAAAACUGAGUACAGCGAUUAUAGUAAUGAACUGAGAAUGGUGAACGUGUCAAUCAUAAAUCAACAAACCUGCCGAGAGCAGUGGGACAAUAACCUUCCCCGCAAUGUGAUCUGUGCCGGUGGAUUUGGUAUAAAUAAAGGAUUUUGUCAGGGUGAUUCUGGUGGCCCUCUGGUGUGCAAUGGGAGAGCUGUUGGUGUUGUGUCAUUCAACAGAGGUUUCAACUGUCACUACCCGGAUAUACCCAACGUCUACACGGAUAUUUCUAAAUAUCUUCCUUGGAUCAACAAAGUUGUGAAUGAAAAGAAAUGUAUAUAAUUUUUUUUUUCCUCACUGUCGCUGUACAUUGAAGCAGAAAUUGUGGCAGUUUUGCAAAUGUGCUGCUCUAAUCUCAAGAUGUUGAAUAAACUCGUGUCCUAGUA